AUGUACGGGUGUGGAUGUGACUGGCUUAUCCGAGCCAGCUUGAUACGAAGAAAAGGUUGCUGGGAGAUACGCAGAUACAACGGUAGGCACACGUGCACCAUCGGAACGAUUUCACAGGAUCAUUCCAAGUUGGACUCAGAUACAGUUGCUGAGGCUAUAAGGCCGUUGGUCGAGACGGACCCGUCCAUCAAGGUGAAAUCUAUAAUUGUGGAAGUCCAGUCAAGGUUCAACUAUACCAUCAGUUAUCGAAAGGCUUGGUUGGCAAAGCAGAAGUCCGUUGCCAACGUCUUCGGUGAUUGGGAGGAAUCUUACCAAGCAUUGCCGUGGUGGCUCUCGGUCAUGGUGCAGAAGAUUCCUGGUUCAGUUGUCCAAAUAGAAACACGACCACUCUACAACGGGAAUGAAGAGGCACAAGGUGUAAAAAUACUUCAUCGUGUAUUUUGGAGUUUCAAUCCAUGCAUUAGGGCAUUCAGGCAUUGCAAGCCCCUGGUUCAGGUCGACGGCACACACCUAUACGGAAAAUACAAAGGUACACUUCUAGUCGCUGUUGCACAAGAUGGGAACCAAAACAUUGUGCCUAUCGCCUUUGCCUUGGUGGAAGGUGAGACAGUUGAUGCGUGGCACUUCUUCCUCAGGAAUCUGCGAGAGUAUGUUGUUAGAAAAGACGGUGUGGGUAUGAUCUCAAACCGACAUGAGUCAAUACGGGCAGCAGUUAAUCGUUCCGGUGAUGACUGGCAACCUCCAAGAGCAUGGUGGAUGUUUUGUAUAAGACACAUCGGCAGUAACUUCUUAAGGGCAUUCAAAGUCUCUCACUUGCAGAAGCUUGUUGUCAAUAUAGGGUAUUCAAGAACGGUGGAGGAGUACAAUAUCAACUAUAAGAGGUUGGAAGAGCGAGGCGAGGCAUAUGCCAGGUGGUGCGAUGCCAUCGGACUCAAACAUUGGGUAUUGGCAUUCGACGAGGGACAUCGAUGGGGCCAUAUGACAACGAACCUUGUCGAGUGUAUUAACUCAGUGUUGAAGGGUGCCCGUAAUCUACCUGUGUUGACGCUGAGUGCCGAGACUCACGAACGUAAGCGUGCUGGAUUUACGUACUCCGCAUUUGCGCAACAGCGGAUAGAAGCAAGUAUGCAACAGGCUGGGAAUAUAGUUGUGCACCGCUUUGAUAGACGAAAUGAGGUGUUUGAGGUGCGCGAAACGACUACUGGAAAGGUGUUAGUUGUUGAUCUAGCGCGACGGACGUGUAACUGUGGGCACUUCCAGGUUGAACGAAUACCAUGUCGCCAUGUUAUUGCUUGCUGUGCUAACCAGCGGCUCGAUUGGCAGUUGUAUGUGCAUGAUGUGUACAAGAUGACGGAAGUUCGUAAGGUAUAUAGGUUUGAGUUCGCACCAUUAGGAGAUCCCGAGACAUGGCCUCCUUAUGAGGGACCCACAUUGGUCGCUAAUCCCGCAUUGAGGCGAACGUCUAAAGGCAGGCCCAAACUGACCCGAUACCUGAAUGAAAUGGACUCACGUGACAUGCGUGGUCCUCGGAUAUGCCGUCUCUGUGGUGCUCAGGGUCAUAGUCGGAGUAGGUGUCCGCAGCGUGCUGGACCGAGUGGUGCUGGUUCAUAG